UGUGAUUCGUUUCGCUCGCACAGCAGAGCCCAGCAGCCCCCGGUGUUUUGCUUUCGACCUAUGUGUGCGUGUGUGUGUGUGUAUAUUGCCUUCACCGUAGCGAGAAGAAGGCGCUACUUUUGCUCGGCAAAGAAGUCCGCUUUUGACUUCUGUUACUAGCAACGGCCAAUUCCAGUAACCAAUCCCAUCCGUCCGCUCGCACGUACGGAAGUUGCAGUAAGCGGCAACAGCAGCAGCAGCACCACCAGCAGCAGCACUAGCAGCAGCGGCACCAUCAGCACCACCAGCAGCAGCAGCAACAACAACAGCAGCAACAACAGCAGCAGAAGCAGCACUGCCCGAGACCUAUCGAUAUACCAGCGCCGACACGGGCGCGUUAAACGAUCAUUCGAACUCGAUCGAACGAGAACGCUUCGCCGAGCUACGCUGUCCGAGGUUUACGAGUCGAGCGUACAAGUAACCGUGUGUCCCGGUAUUACCGAUGCGCAACACCAAGGCCUACUACAACUGAACCAAAAUCCCUCAACGCGUGGUAGUUCAGUUUCGGCAAUAGCUGUGAGAUUUGUGAGAUUUUGCGGCAGAGCAGCUGACACGAGUCACAGUGUGAAAGUGAAACGGUUUUCGUGGCUUGAAAAGUGUGAAAUAGCCGAGCCAUUUCUGAAGGCAACAAGUCACAGGGAAGAAUAGUGACAGUUUGGUAGUAUUUUCGGUUGUUCGAAAGGGGCAUGAGAUUGCUGCCUAAAGUCAUCGAGAGUGUCAUCGACAGUUUUGUGACAGUUGUGAAGAACAAACGGCAUUUGCAGCAGUGUGACGCAGAAACGUGGCUGAGAGCUUGAAGAGUUUGAGUUGAGUGUGGUUGAAUGAACGACUUUAUACACGAGCUGAGUUGAAGUUACGGAGGUUAGAGGCAGCUAUUCUACGACGUUCAAACAAGAAAACUCUUUACGAGGUAUUAAACGACAGAGAUUCCGUAGUCUGCGGCAUUACUCCCGGCCUGGCACGUAGGCACAGGAGUGCAAUUCCAACGCCACUCCGGCAGACAAUCGGUCAGCAGCACAAUCUGAGCACAAGCUUCCGUGUUCUGUGUGGCGCACCAAGCGGACCAACAUCCAGCUAAAACCCGCACCACGACCGGGAACGACCGCCACCGGAGGAGCACCCGCCGGUAAAGAAUUCAAAUUUAGCUUUGACACAAGCCAGCAUCACCACGCCACCAUGUUUGCGGUAAUGCGUAUUGACAACGACGACCGUAGGGCCGACUUCCGUCGCAAGAUGCGACCAAAGUGCGAAUUCGUCUGCAAGUACUGCCAGCGGCGCUUCACCAAACCGUACAACCUGAUGAUCCACGAGCGCACGCACAAAAGCCCGGAGGUGACGUUCUCCUGCGAGGUUUGCGGCAAAUACUUCAAGCGGCAGGACAAUCUACGCUCGCACAGAUGCAGUCAAUGUAUUUGGCGGUAAGCAAAACAAAAACCCAUUUGACAAACUCUUCCACCUUCGAUUGUACACUCAUUUCUUUGCAAAACAACAAACACAUACCUAUUACACGACAAUACACAUAAAGAGUAAAGAUUACAAAUUCAGCAAACUCUUAAGUAAAACUCUCAACCAACAUAAAAACAAAACACCUAAACAACAAACAACAAAAAAAUGGGUGAUGGAGAACAUACAAUAUAUAAAUAUCGUAUCAUAGAUAGAAAAUACAACAAACAAACAAAACAAACAAAACCAACAAAAACAACACACAAAUGCGUGAUGGCGGCUUAGAGUAUGUAACAUCGUGUGAGCUGUUGUGAAAAUGGGAAGCGAGUGAAACAAAAAAAAAAGAAAGAACCCACAGACCAAGGGGUUGUGUGUGCCUGCCUGCCUGCAAGACCCAGAGUCAUUGUAAGAGAAUGGGCCCAGAAACCGACCGGACGCGGUUAAAAGAGAAGAAGAAGGAAAAGAAAGCAUUUGCUUUGAAUCUCCCUCAGCCUUAGCGAUUGAUCGUGUUUUGAGCUCGGUCGCGCUCAGCAAACGCCAGAAGCAGCGAUCGACGCUGUCAACGUAUAGUCAUGUGAAUAUUGGGAAAGUUUUGAUAAACUUUAUGGCACGCAAAAGAAGAAAAGCACUAAGCGAGACUAAGCAAAACAAACACAUUGAAGGCCGAUCAAAGAAUGCUAAAGGAAAAAGCAGAAAAGCGCAAUAGAACAUCUGAAACAGCAAACAAAACAAAGAAAACAGAAGAGAGAGAAACUGAGAAAGAGAAAGACACGAUCCAAUUUUAACGUAAGCAUAACUGUUCUGCGAUAAUUGUCUGUAUAUGUUUAAGAGAUCCCCUCCCCUCGCCUCCCUUCGUUUCAAGCCUCUACCCCACCCCCCCGGCCACCCCUUCCUUUUGUUCGAUUGAAGUGCUUUUCAUUGUCCCUGGAAGUUAAUCAUGUCGCAGAAGUUAUGUUUCGACCUUCAAAAUUGCAGAAAAAAAACAAACUUACGUUCCUUACACGCGUUCGUGAUGUUGCGCCAGUGCCACCCAGCCAAACUUAUGUUGUUAACAUCCAACCCUUCACUCUCUCUCACUCUCUCUCUUAUAAUCACCCUCUCUUGUCAUCAAGCUGUCAAUCAGGCAGGACCAAACCCAUCCAGCUCAACGCGCAGGAGUGUGUUAAACUCGGACACUAAAGAAGAUAUGUUUUGGCCCCCAAAAAUGAAAACGACAGACACACACACAAACACACACACAUGAACACACAUAUUUACAGUGAUCCUCGAUUAUGGAUUGUUUCGACAAAGAUGGCUCCCGGGUCGGAAAUGUCGAAACAAUCCUGAUCUUUCACGGGUCUUUUUUUGGUAUAUAUUUUUUGGAAUAAACCCACCUAACGCUUUCAAAAUUAUUAAACAACUCACACCACUCAACCUCACUCAACACACCAAGCACAAGAAAAAACCAUCAGGACUUCCAAGGGAACACUAGCAUGUCGGAGGACGUUUCGGUCUCAAAAUUACGUUUCUACUAUUAGUUUGCUAAGGUUUAUGUUUGUGAUAUAGUUUGGUAUCAUAUCGACGUAUCGACGGGUGCUGGUGUUCUCCCUUCACACAGACACACACACACAACUACAACUGCACGUACACCUACCGAAUAACAAUCGAACUGCAAAAUUUAUUAAGAUGAACAUUUUUUUCCGAAUAACCAAACCACACCACAGUUCCGUAGUUUUCGAUGCAAAAUUACCGAUCUAACACAGACUUAUAGUUCACCUCCAAGAACCCAUUUCCCAUUUCCUUCACUUUUCCCUUCCACCGGCAAGUCCUGUUUUCCGCUUGACAAUGGUUGCACAAAAUUUAGUAGAUUGCGGCUGUCACAAUGCUAAUGUAUCGAAACACUUUGUAUUACUUUGCACUCUUUCUGGUUGGCUGAUUGGCUUUCACAUACAUCUAAUUGUUUGUUUCAAUUGUUAUUAUGGUACUUAGAAAUGUUUCUUUUCGGUUUUUCUCUAAUUUAUCCUUUAUCUUCUAAAAUCAAAAACAAAAGCUCAAAUAGAAAAAUUAUCACCAUUAUCUGUUUUUCGUAUUUUUUUCUCUUUUUUUCUUUUUUUCUUGUUUCUUUUCACCCCCCAUCCAACAAAAAAAAAAAAAAAAAAACAACAAAUCUCUUCCUUGACAACAACAAAAAAACAAACCUCCCCAAAAUCAACCACCAAAUGGACAGAUCCAUCCAUAUGGAUAGGACAAUGAACGGUAACAACAAUCGAGCAUACUGAGCGUAACGGGCGCGCGGACGUUGCUUUCAUGAGUUCUGUUUUCCCUUUCUGCUUGCGCGUGCUUGCCUCGUCUGUGUGCGUGUUUCAUUAUACUUUACACUAUUUGCAAAACGUUUCGAUUUUGACUUUCGCGCACGACAGCACUACAAAAACAAAAGCUACAUUGUAAUACUUUAUUUUUAUUUUAUUACUAUUAUUAUUAUAUUAUAUUAUUAUUAUAUAUUAUUACUAUACAAAAAUCACACACACACACACACACACACACAAAGGUUGGAAGGUAACAAAGAACGGGCGUAAAACAAUUUUUUUCUGAGCGAUAGAUGGUAGGAAAAAGGCGGAAAAUCUAGCCUCAUCGAAGGGAAAAUUUUGCCAGCAAAAAGGGGCAGCAACAGAAAAAACAGGUUUUUCUUUGCGUAAGUUAUUUAAAGUGAGUUUACAUCGCAGCACGAUUGAUGUGUUUUUGUUUUGUGUGUGUAAAAUAAUAGAUAUAUAUAUAUAUAUACUUGUAUUCCUUCUACUUUUUGCGAGAGUAUGUGUGUGUGGAGGAUGGUCGACGAUCGGGAAGUGUUUUAGUGAUGCCACAGCUGUACAUAUCUUUCACGCGAUCCAAUCAAAAUUUUGAAACAAACAAAAAAGUUACAGAAAAAAAAAACAAAAAAAAAAAGAAGUGAAGCACAAAAUCAAAAGCAAAAAUAAUAUUAAGUUUAAGCUUAAACGCGUGCGGGAAGAAAACAAAGCGAAGCACUUCCAAGGUUUUUUUUUUAAAUAUACUUAUAUUUGAGCUAUUUAAGAUGUACUGCUACUAAUUUAUGCUUCAUGAGGAAGGAAAAGAGUGAGAAGAAAAGGAGAGGAAAAUUUUGUACGAAAACACUCUAUCCCAGUUAUACUACCCAGCAUGUUGACCCGGUUGGGCGACAGUGGACAUUAUGAUGAUCGAGCAUCAUGAGCUUCUCCACCCUUUUUGGCCGUUCCCAAUAUCUUCCGUUUUACACACACACACACACACACACACACACACACACAACACAGAUAGAGAAGAUGGUUUGCCUUGGUGUACGAGUCGUUGCCGAAUAAAGUUGCUUUUAUAACAAAACAAACCCGAUCCGAUCCCCCAUUCCGAUUUUUCGCAACUUUUCUCACACCGAUGAGCUCCAUCAGCUUAUUGAUUGAUGUGAGAGAAUCAUCGCGCACAAACGGUUUAUCACCAUCGCCACCAGAUCAGUGAUCGUUUCCUUGUUCACCCUUACACACACACACAUCGAUUUGCAUCACAAUACGAGCCGAAAGAGGUGGCAUUAAGCGAAGUGAUUCGUUUGCAAGACGGUUAGUUUUUGUUCGGAAAAGUAAAGGAAGGUCCUGUCAUCGGAUUAUUAACUGCCUUUCGUCGUUUCUUCGUCGUCGAUCGUCGGAUCGGGCUGUGGCGUGAUAGAAAGAAUGAUAGGAGAUGAACAAAAAAAAAAGAAGUAAACUAACAGGCAUCAUUUAUAUGAGCGGAGGAUUAGUGCAAAAAAAAAGAAGAGGUGUCCCCAUUAGUGGUUGAUUCAUCAUUUCAUAAUUUCGUUUGUGUGCUUUUAUGUGUCGUUAAUCACAGUACAUUAUACGAACAAAAGAUGCGUGUGUGUAUUCUGCUUUUAUUUGAUUUCCCCCUUUUUUGUUCGUUAAUUGACAUCGAUUUAUCGAUUUUUGUUUUAUGCUUUUAUGAGUGUGUGUUUUGCUCUUACUAGUGAGAGUACGACACUUUAAUAAUUAUUUUUCCCCUUUUCCGUUUAGACUAAUACGUUAAACCGCGCUUAGAAUAGAUUCUAGUCUGCUGUAAUUAUGUUAGUAGCGGAAGUCAGCACAGGUGGAUGAGAGAGAGAGAGACGGAAGAAAAAACAGCAAGAGCGCACGAUACACUCCCCAACUAGCGCUUGUAAACGAGACCGGUAAACCGGCCGAGCGAUUGGUAGCGUGCGCUAAUGUCUACUUAGAUUACAUUCCAACUAAGCAACCGCUCCGACGAGGUGCCAAAAUUCGAAUAAUAAUUUUGCCGAUCCACCUUCCCUCUCAAGCUUAUUAGAGCCGAAGAUAAAUACAGAAUCAAUCGAAUAUGCAAUACUCGAACAAACACCAACAAGCAGGUAACAGGUGAAAGUCACAGAACAAAACUGAAGAAUGCAGGAUCACAUGGCGUCAGAAGCCACACAAAAAAAGGAACGGCGAAGCGAAUCAAUCACACAAACGUAUGUAAUGCAUUUGCAAAAGGAACAAUUUCUGAAUAAUUUUUAGCAGAACAGUAAAGGAAGUGGCUGCAAGUGCCGUGAAAAUGAAAA